AUGAAGGCUCUCCUUCUCCUCUCACUGGGUGUAACCCUGGUCACUCUGGGGCAGAGCAACACCUUAGACUCCUGCCAGGGUCGCUGUGGCUAUGGAACGGACCCAAACUACACCUGCCAGUGUAACUCUCCUUGCGAGCGCUAUGGCGACUGUUGCUCUGACUACGAGACCCUCUGCAAAGGUUAGACUUCACUUGGUUCAACAUCUUGCAAGGGGAGAUGUGGAGAAAAGUACAACUCUCAAAACAAGUGCCACUGCAACUCCAAAUGCUCCCAGUACAACAACUGCUGCAGUGACUACAAUAGCAUCUGUGGAGGAAGCUCUUCAGGGGGUGCGGUGAUCACGGACUCAGAGAUAAAAGUGUUGUCUGAGUUACUGUACUCUCUGGACACCAACAAGGCCUCCCCCUUCGAGCUGGUCAUUGACCCCCAGACCCAGGUCGAUGGCUCGCAGACUGGCUCUCAGAAUGACCUCUCCCCCCACCCGUUGUUCACCUACCUGGAUGAGGCCUCCCUGUUCUCCAAGCCCACUUACUCAGCCUUCCUGGCCCUGCUGGACAACUACCAGAGAAUGACGGGCGUGACUGAAGACUUCAGCCCAGCAGAGCUGGCUGAGCAGGACACCUUCCUCAGGGAGACCAUGUCCAACACUGAGAUUGGCAGGGAGCUCUACGCCUUCCUUGCCAGCAAGGGCAUUUACAGCACAGAGGAGGAGUUCAUUUAUGACCUGAAGAUGAUGUGGUUUGGGCUCUACUCCCGCAGCAACAACAAGAAGGAUUCUAGCGGCUUUGAGCACAUCUUUGCAGGAGAGGUGAAAAAAGGUAAGGUGUCUGGAUUUCACAGCUGGAUUCAGUUUUACCAGCUGGAGAAGAAAAGGCUCCUCAACUACUACAGCUACAGCUUUGAUGGCCCUUGGUAUACCUACCCUGACGUACUGGGCAUGCAGUUUAAGUGGGAUGGCUACUUCAAACAAGUUGGCUCUGCUAUAAUUGGCAGUAGCCCAGAGUUUGACUUCGCUCUCUACAGUCUCUGCUAUAUCACUCGUCCUGGAAAGCAAUGCUAUCUGAGCCUGGGAGGGAAGACUCUGAUCAUCCAGACCUACACCUGGGAUAACUCCUCCUACGGGGACGGCAAGAAGUUCAUUGCCUCCGCCUUCCCCGCCACUCCGCGCGCCUUCAUCUCACACGCUUCACUACUGGACUCAAUGGACUCCUAA